GGGACGGAGGGAGGGACAGUGGGUGGCAGAUCGAGCCGGAGACUGAGGGAGCAGCAGAGAGAGGGAGGAGGGUGAAACAGCAGCCAGCAACCAAUCAAUUGAUCGAUCGGGAGCUGUCAUUGGAGGGCCAGAGCCACUGGUAGGACAGCUGGUCCGGGGACCCCCCCAGCCCCAUCCCUCAUCCCACUAUGACCUUCGUGGAGCUGCUGGCCCGCCUGGGCGGGAUGGGACGCUUCCAGGUGACCUACGUGGCCGCAUUGGCCCUGCCUCUGCUCAUGCUGGCCAGCCACAACCUUCUGCAGAACUUCACCGCUGGCAUCCCCGAGCACCAUUGCCGGCCCCGGCCGGUGGCCAACGACAGUGUUGGGGACGUUCCCCUCUUUGUCACCAUCCCCUCCGACGACCACCACCGCCCCCAGAGCUGCCGCCGGUAUGUGGAGCCCCAGUGGAACCUCUUGGAGGCCAAUGGCACGGCCAAUGGCACAGCCAACAGGGCGGCCACUGAGCCGUGCCAUGAUGGGUGGACCUAUCGCGACGGCGUCUUCGCCCACACCAUCGUCACUGAGUGGAACCUGGUGUGCGAGUCCAAGAGGCUGCGGCAGGUGGCCCAGUCCAUCUACAUGGCUGGGAUCCUCCUGGGCUCCGGCCUCUUCGGGGUCCUGUCCGACAAGUUCGGUCGCCGGGCACUGCUCACCUGGUGCUACCUGCAGCUGGGGGCGGCAGGGGCCGGCACUGCGGCCGCCCCCACAUUCGUCAUCUACUGCUUCUGCCGCUUCCUGGGGGGCCUGGCCAUGGCCGGCGUGUCCCUCAACUCUGCUUCUCUCUGCAUGGAGUGGAUCCCGACAGAGGCACGCGCCGUGGUGGGCACCAUCAACGGCUACUGCUACACCCUGGGCCAGUUCGUGCUGGCAGGCACAGCCUUCGGCCUCCCCCACUGGCGCUGGCUCCAGCUUGUCGUCUCCCUCCCCUUCUUCUUCUUCUUCCUCUACUCCUGGCUGUUCGUGGAGUCAGCCCGCUGGCAGGUGAUCUCGGGGCGACCCGAUCUGGCCUUGAAGGGGCUCCGCAAAGUUGCCCGCAUCAACGGGAGGAAGGAGGAGGGUGAUAAGCUCAGCGAGGAGGCACUGCGGGCGCUGGUGCGCCGGGAGCCCCUGAUGCCAGGGGGGGGCCUGGCUGCUCUGGUCCGUACCCCUGGGAUGAGGACAGUCUCUUGUGGCGUCUCCUUCGUCUGGUUCUCUACCAGCUUCGCUUACUAUGGACUGGCCAUGGACCUGCAGGGCUUUGGUGUGGACAUCUACCUGAGCCAACUGGUUUUUGGGGCCGUGGACAUCCCAGCCAAGCUGGCUUCUGUCCUGGCCAUCAGCGGUGCUGGACGACGGGUGGCCCAGGGUGCCUCCUUGGGGCUCGCGGGGGUCUGCAUCCUCGCCAACAUCAUUGUGCCAAUGGAGCUGCAGAUGCUGCGCAUGGCCUUGGCGGUGGUUGGCAAGGGCGCCUUGGCCGCCUCCUUCAACUGUGCCUACAUCUUCUCCGGGGAGCUCUUCCCAACUGUCAUCAGGCAGACAGGGAUGGGCUUGGGGGGCACCAUGGCCCGCGUGGGGGGCAUGGUGGCUCCCUUGGUGCGCAUGGCGGCUGACGUCACCCCGGUGCUGCCCCUCGUUAUCUACGGGGCCGCCCCCAUCAUCUCGGCCAUUGCCACCUGCUUCCUGCCCGAGACCCGCAACGUGCCCCUGCCCGAGACCAUCGAGGAUGUCGAGAGACGUGGGGGCCACCUGAAGGACGAGGACGUCACCGUCCCCCUGGGUGCCACUGUGACCAAGGACAGCGCCUGAGGGGUGAGGACGGGCAGCGGGGAGGGGGCACAGGACCCCCCUGUGGCCCCCCCCCCCCCCCCCCCCCCUUUACUCAAAUCCUAUUUAUUUCACCCCAAUAAAGCCACGCCGAUGGUCACCGAGCGCCAGCCUUUGCCCCAAUUCGGGUGAUUUCAGCUGCAGCCCCCCCCCCCUUAAUCACCCUCCCUGCUGGGGGAUUAAGGCUCCCGUCCGGGCUGGCGGGUGGAAAAAAAAAAACACCUAAACAGAGUGGUUUGGCCCCCAAAAAGAAGGCAGCACAACCUCACUAUCAGCCCUCAGAGAUUCCACAUCAACACACCUAAAAUGGUGCAUUUUGCACCCAAAAACCAGAGCAAUGCAACCUGGCUAUCAUUCCUUCAGAGAAGCCAAGCACCAGAAUUAGGUUUAUUCACCCCAAAAAUAAGGGCAGCACAACCCCAAAAUCAGACCUAAGGAAAGCCACGUCCAAGCACCUAAAUAGGACCUUUUCACCCCAAACCCACCCAGUGGAACUUCAAUCCCUCCCACCACAGCCCCCCCCCCCCCCCCCGGGCCCCGAAAACCCCCCAUUUUGCCCCAAAACCCCCACAAAUUCCACUUUUUUUUUUUUUUUUUUACCCAUUUUUAUUAUGAAAAGGAGCAGUUUUGGUGUCAUUUUUUUAAUCUGGAUAAGACACAACUGUGAAGCUUUGCCGAAGGAGAAAAAACAGGGUAAAACCCACCCGUUUUGGGACAUUUUAUCAUCCCGCCCCUCACUGGGGCGCGAAACGGGAAAACCGCCCAUUUUGAACCAAAAAGCCACCUUUUCCACCUGAAUCCGGCACAAAAAGGGGGGAAAGGGGAGAAAACACCGGGCUGGAGAUGCCUCCCCAUGAGAUUUGUGCAUUUUUGGGUAUUUUUAAUGAUUUGGGGCUAUUUUGGGUCCAUUUGGGGUCAAUUUUGGACCGUUUUGGGGUCAAUUUGGGGCCAUUUUGGGUCUUCCCCCUGCCAGCUUCUUCUCCAGUGGGGGGUUUACGGCCGGUGAAAAUGGGGGUGUGGGGGUGCGAGGGGGAUGUUGGAGGUAGGUUUUUAAGUUGAUUUUUAGAAAAAACAGGCACAUUCAGUCCAUGGGAUCCUG